CAAUGGAGGUGCGCUAAAACAACGGGAGUGCUUGCAGGGUUGUACUCGUUUCUAUUCUGACCUGAUAGGUACAUGUAGCCGGAGAUCAUAAAAUAAACGUACCACUUUAUGACUUUAUGACUUUAACUUUAUGAUCUUGAAUGUUUUCAAUCUUUUAACUCUUUUGAGCCUCCCACAUUAAUCUACUUACCCGCCUCUAUUUUUUCUUCUCCCUCAGACAUCAUUGAGAGAACCAAUAAGCCAGGUCUGAAGCGUCCAUAGCUAGCAUUCAAAAUGAACACAGUCAAAUCGUUCUGGAUGGGAUGGGGCUCCCUCUGCCUUGCCGGCGCGGGAGCGUACUACUUUGCGAAGAAAAGCAUCAACGCAGACAGGGCCGCGCGCCUCGAGGAAAGCCGCCGAAAGAAGCAUAUGAUCGACUCUCUUGAGUACUCGAGCAAUGUCCCCGGCAAACCGCUCUCCGCAUCGACAAUGGGUGGUUCGACGAACGGAAAUGGCACGCCACCCCGAACUGAUGCAGCCGGAUCACCAAGCCAAGAGGCAAGCCGCGACCCAGCACCAACUCGACAUGCUCCGGCUACAGAAGGACAGCAAGUGAUAGAAAAGAGCAAGUACGAGAGUAGCGCACCGUUUACGAGUCCAAAAGGCGAUCGGUUCUCCUAGUCGUGGUUAAAAGCUAAGCUGGGCACACCCUAUAAUGAGAAUAUUACGAAAACAUGCAUGUACACAAUAUUAUUUAGAAGAGACGGAUGAACACAACUCUAUUCCCAAAAGUUUCGUCAUGGCAGCAAUGGUAUCUUGAUGCGGACCGGUUGGUCGGCUAUGUAAUUCGGCCUUGAAACUUGAAAACUCUGGAUGUUGGCAAGAUUGGUAUGCGUUACAUAUGCGUAGAUAUUUAUGUGAAUUCCCUCAUAUUUACCUAGGUUAGGUUAAUCAAUUUUGGGAUUGUAUCUGUACAAACGAGUUUGAAAUCUUGCGGCUAUUCAAGUUGAUACUUGAGUUAUUAUUACGCCGAUUGCCACGGCCAAAAAGGGCUGGAAGGUUAAAAAGGGUCUUGUCAAAAUGGCUACGUAAAUUCCAUGUAACGAAUUGAACUUUUUCUGCU